AUGUAUCCAUUUCUUCAGGAUUUGCAAUCGUUCAGUCCUACUACAACUAUCAUUACAACUGUUUCACCAAAAAAUUAUAUGUUUGCAAGCUCCCUACUUCUCUCGAAAUCUGCAUCACCUCAAAGCACAGCCCAUAUUGACUCUUCAGUCAAAAACGCAACUCUUACCGAACAAACAAAGUCGAUAAGAGCAACGACAUCAAUAUUGACACUGUUAGAAUCAUUUGGUCAUAGCCAAAAACAUCGUGAAGUCGAAGUUGGUCGUGAUCGGAUAGUGAACAUACUUGGCAUGCCCAUUGGCCGAAAGGACGGUAUUUCAUUGGCUCCGUUGAGAGGUCUUAGCGUCGGUAAUGAGGAUAUGUUUGGUCCGAUCGCUAUCAACGAUAAAUACAAUAUCUAUUGGGGAUUUUUCAACGACCUCAGUAAAAUGCUCAGUAAAGCUGUGCAAUAG